UUGUAACACUGCACACGUUGACGUUUGUUUUGUUUUUUAGUGUCGGUAAAAUUUGAAUUCACUGUCAUUCAUCGUUUGAAAUGGAGAUUUUCGGUAGCACCUUUGACGAUUCGGUGUUCGAGGAAUCAAGAGCGAAGCCAACUGUUGUUGCACUGUCGUCUUACAAUGCAAAGUUCUGUGAAGCAGAGUGGUUUUGGGAGAGCAUCGACACAGAUGAUAUUUUAGAGAAACAAAAGAUCUUUAAAUUUCGAGCUGAUAUGUCGUACAGGCGAAAAAACUUCCAGGAAGCUUUAAACGCCUACACUACCUGCCUCUCCUAUAUCCCUGACGGCAACCUGGCCAUUAGACGGGACAUAAUGGAGGGAAUGGCAAGGUGCUGUUGUCACCUGGGGAAGAGAGUGGAGGCCCUGGAGAUCACAGAAACACUUAAAAAUGAAGCCUCCAACACCUGUCACCUCACCGGUCUACUUCACCUGACUGCGAACGUCCACGAGCGCUUCGGAGACCUUAGGAGCCAGGUCACGUGUCUGCAGCAGCUGUGUUCUCUCCACCCCUACCACCAGUGGCACUGGAUGAAGCUGGCAGAAAGCUACCUUCAUCUCCUCCAGCCUCUGUCAACACCCUCAGGCUCCAGUCCUCUUCAACAGGGAGAUGGUGUAGAGCCACAGCCUGACUUUCAGACUGAGGAGCAACUGAAGGAAGAGCGUGAUGGCGUUUGGCUCAAGGCCUGCAUGUGUUUUGUCCGGGCCAGACUCCUCCUCAGGGCAUUAAAGGGACAACAGUCAUCCUUUGUUCUCCAGAACAGUGAGCGAGCCCUACAGAAGGCUGAUGAGGCUCUACGGUGUCUGGAACCGAAAGACACCACACUACAGCUAGUCUCUGAGGUGAUGUCAGAAGAUCUAGUUCCAGAGAGGAUGAGAGAGGACAACCAGGAUGGAGAGAGCUUGGCAGGUCUCUCUCUGAAGGACUUUGAAGACAGGUGGUGGAACAGACUGGUACAGACAGGAGUACUGAAGGAGGAUGGAGCUGAACUACCUUCUGUAAAGACCUAACUGGGCUACAUGUUUUGAUGAAUGUAUUCUUUAAUAUUGCGUGUAACAAUGUGCUGACCGCCAUAUGAAAUUAAAUAUUGUCACACUUCAAUCUACAGUAAAGUUUAAUUAGAUAACUGCUGUAUUGAAUUUCAAAGUAGAACCAUUUGGAAAAAGUGUGACAAAGGUUGGACACAUUUGAGAACUUUUGAUUUGCCAUUCUGCAUUACCUCGGGCUUGACAGUGUAUGGAUCAGAAGAUUUGUCAGUUAAGAGGCCCUUGGCUAAGCGUAGCACACAUCACUAGGUUAAGAGGCCCGGCCCAUGUCUAAGCGUAGCACACAUCACUAGGCUGUCACUCAGUGUGUUUCUAUCAGGGUUGAUGGGUGGAGGAGGAAUUCAUGUCUGUGACAUGUUGUUUUUACUCCAUUGAAUUAACAUGCACUGAAACACAAAGCUCUCAGCCUGAAGGCAGACAAUGAUCAUCCUUAUGAGAUAAUGAUGUGAUUGAAGUACUACUCCUGUACUCCAGGCAUCAAGCAAAGGAAAACAGGCACAUUUACUCUAUGAAGGUUACUUGCCCAUUUUCAGUUGUGAGAGAACAUAAUUUACCUCAAACAGGGUGUACUGUCAAAUUUCAGUACGAUGUUAUUUAGGAACAGUAAACCACUGGCCAGUCUUGAGAAGUGGGUGUCUGUCCAACAAGCCGGUUGUCCCUCCAUAAAGAAGGUAAUUACUUUUAAAGGGUCGCCAGGUCAGGUGGUCUCCAGUACUAUAAUCACUGGAGAAGGUUCUCUGGAACAUGACGGGCCUGGUUGCAGUGUGUCUCUGUGUGAUCCAGUCAAACCUGUGGCUCCGGGGACCUGUGUAGUAAGACUGAUUCACCAAGCACUGGGAGGUUGGUGGUGCUGUUUGCUGAGUGUUGGGGUGUCUCUGCUGGGAGGUUGGUGGUGCUGUUGGCUGAGUGUUGGGGUGUCUCUGCUGGGAGGUUGGUGGUGCUGUUGGCUGAGUGUUGGGGUGUCUCUGCUGGGAGGUUGGUGGUGCUGUUGGCGGAGUGUUGGGGUGUCUCUGCUGGGAGGUUGGUGGUGCUGUUGGCUGAGUGUUGGGGUGUCUCUGCUGGGAGGUUGGUGGUGCUGUUGGCGGAGUGUUGGGGUGUCUGUUGGGAGGUUGGUGGUGCUGUUGGCGGAGUGUUGGGGUGUCUCUGCUGGGAGGUUGUUGGUGCUGUUGGCUCAGUGUUGGGGUGUCUCUGCUGGGAGGUUGGUGGUGCUGUUUGCGGAGUGUUGGGGUGUCUCUGCUGGGUGGUUGUAGUUGGCUGAACCGUUGUGUUUUGGCUAGAGUAUCUGAGCUGGGCUGUGGUGGUUGGUUGAACAGUAGAUUCAGUGUUGAAUCUGGGCACAACUGUGGUGGUUGGUUGAACCAUAGCCUGGUUGUUGAAGUAUCUGUUCUGGGUUGUGGUACCAGGACUGGGGCAAGGAAGGUUUGUCAGUGGGGUUGAGGUGGCUGCUGCUUGAUGGGUGAUAAGCGGCCUGGUAAGGUUGAACUCCGUUGCCGUUGUGAGGAAGGCUGGCACAGGCUUGGAGCUGGCAUAGAGCUUCCUAAACUCCAGGUCGAAAGGCUCGACCGCGCUGCCCUUGAAGAGCACAGCCAGGCUUCUGUGGACCUGCCAGGACAGCCAGGUGAAACUGAGGAAUAGAGCACAGUGAAUAAAUAUUACUACUACAAACACGGCUGAAAAUUCAAACAAUAAUUGUAAACAACUGAGGAGUCAUAAUGCAUUGAUUGAUUUACCUAUUCAGAAUGACUUCAACCAUCAUAAUGUUGAUUUACCUAUUCAGAAUGACGUCAACAUUGAUGUGACUAUUAGCUAAUUAUACAACAGAAAUGUACCUGUAUGAUCCAGCCAGCACUAAAGUGCAGUCAAUGAUCAUGAACUUCUCUUUGAUCUGUCCAGUGAGUUUCCUUCCAGACUUUGCACAAUACGUCUCUCCUUGUAUACUACGGACCGACAUUUUCUGCAGACAGAACACGGUGGCAUUUCAUGUAGCAAUGAGUGAAUGACAAACACAAACUAUCAUCAAAUUGCUACUUUACAGUACAGUUAAAAAG